AUGAGUGGCCGAGGGAAGACCACCGGUAAGACUAGGGCUAAGGCCAAGACUCGUUCAUCCCGUGCCGGCCUUCAGUUCCCCGUGGGCCGUGUUCACAGACUGCUACGUAAGGGAAAUUACGCCCACCGUGUGGGAGCUGGUGCUCCUGUCUACUUGGCUGCCGUGCUGGAGUAUCUGACCGCUGAGAUCCUCGAGUUGGCUGGUAACGCCGCCAGAGAUAACAAGAAGUCUCGUAUCAUCCCUCGUCAUCUGCAGUUGGCCGUGCGUAACGACGAGGAGUUGAACAGACUGCUUGGUGGUGUAACCAUCGCUCAGGGCGGUGUGCUGCCUAACAUCCAGGCUGUUCUGUUACCCAAGAAGACCGAGAAAGGAGCCAAGUCCAAAGUACGUCUGAUCAUCAAAAUGAGUGGUCGAGGGAAGACCGGUGGUAAAGCCAGAGCUAAGGCCAAGACUCGUUCAUCCCGUGCCGGUCUUCAGUUCCCCGUGGGCCGUGUUCACAGACUGCUACGUAAGGGCAAUUACGCCCACCGUGUGGGAGCUGGUGCUCCUGUCUACUUGGCUGCCGUGCUGGAGUAUCUGACCGCUGAGAUCCUCGAGUUGGCUGGUAACGCCGCCAGAGAUAACAAGAAGUCUCGUAUCAUCCCUCGUCAUCUGCAGUUGGCCGUGCGUAACGACGAGGAGUUGAACAGACUGCUUGGAGGUGUAACCAUCGCUCAGGGCGGUGUGCUGCCUAACAUCCAGGCGGUUCUGUUACCCAAGAAGACCGAGAAAGCAGCCAAGUCCAAGUAA